GUGGCCUCGCACAGCCUCUGGGAUCCCCAAGGCUAAUGGGUAUCCUGUUCUUGCAGCAGGGCACCGUGACAAAGUCUCUCAAGUUCCUCUGAGCGUCCAGCCAACCCGGGCUCAACAGCUCCCUCCAGCCUAUCAGGUCAGCUGCCAGCCCCAAGCCGAACUCCAACCCCAGCUAUGAGCUCCUGGAGGCAUGACUCCCUCAAGGCCAGCCCUUCAGAGCCCCUCCCCGUGGUUAUCAUUGGCAAUGGUCCCUCAGGCAUCUGCCUGUCCUACCUACUGUCUGGCCACAUCCCCUAUGUGAAACCAGGAGCUGUCCACCCACACCCCCUGCUGCAGAGAAAGCUGGCUGAGGCUCCAGGGGUCUCCAUCCUGGACCAGGACCUAGAGUACCUUUCUGAAGGCCUUGAAGGCCGAAGCCAGAGCCCUGUAGCCCUGCUCUUUGAUGCCCUCCUGCGCCCUGACACAGACUUUGGGGGCAACGUGGACUCUGUGCUCUCCUGGAAGCGGCAGAAGGAACUUGCUGUUCCCCACCUCGUCCUGGGGCGGAACCUCCCUGGGGGUGCCUGGCAUUCCAUUGAAGGCUCCAUGGUGACCUUGAGCCAAGGCCAGUGGAUGAGUCUUCCAGACCUGCAGGUUAAGGACUGGAUGCGGAAGAAAUGCAGAGGUCUCCGGAACAGCAGAGCCACAGCCGGUGACAUCGCCCUCUACUACAGGGACUAUGUGACCAAGAAGGGGCUAAGCCAGAACUUUGUGUCUGGUGCUGUAGUCACCGCCGUGGGGUGGGCCAAGGCUGAGCACGGUGGCUCUGAGGCCGAGGUCCCCAGGCCCCUCUUCCAAGUGCACGGCUACUUGACUGCCAAGGACCACAGCCGCCGGCCCUUCUCACUGUGGGCCCGGAAUGUGGUCUUGGCCACAGGGACCUUUGACAGCCCAGCCAUGCUAGGCAUCCCAGGAGAGACCCUGCCCUUUGUCCACCAUGAGCUCUCAGCCUUGGAGGCAGCCCUCCGGGCAGGCACUGUGAACCCAGCCUCCGACCCAGUGCUGAUCGUGGGAGCCGGGCUGUCUGCGGCCGACGCUGUCCUCUUUGCUCGCCACUACAACAUCCAGGUGAUCCAUGCCUUCCGCCGCUCCGUGCACGACCCCGGCCUGGUGUUCAACCAGCUGCCCAAGAUGCUAUACCCAGAGUACCACAAGGUACAGCAGAUGAUGCGCGAGCAGUCCAUCUCGUCAUCCAGCCCCUACAAGGGCUACCGCAGCCUCCCCGAGCACAGGCCGCUGCUCUUCAAGGAGGACCAUCAGGCGGUGUUCCAGGACCCACAGGGGGGCCAGCAGCUCUUUGGAGUCUCCAUGGUGCUGGUUCUCAUCGGCUCCCACCCCGACCUCUCCUACCUCCCCAGGGCGGGUGCUGACUUGGUCAUAGACCCAGACCAGCCUCUGAGCCCCAAGAGGAAUCCCAUUGACGUAGACCCUUUCACCCAUGAGAGCACUCACCAGGAGGGCCUGUAUGCCCUGGGGCCGCUGGCUGGGGACAACUUCGUGAGGUUCGUCCAGGGUGGGGCCCUGGCUGCUGCCAGCUCCCUGCUGAGGAAGGAGACCAGGAAGCCACCUUAACACCAACCAGAUGCCCUGACACCCAGGCCCUAAAGAGAAGGAGCUCACCACAGCCCAGUGGGACAUGAGCCCAUCUAAAGAUUUUCCAUGCGGGGAGCAGCCUCCCUGGCAGGAGGUGAAGACUUGAGCCCUGUGGAUGGACUAGCCGGCCCAGAGGCAUGGGAACUCAGGCUGCCCCAACCCCAGGCUGGGCAAGGCCCCAGGUGGGAGCAGUAGCUGUAAGCCAGAGGGGUCUGGGCCCCCUUGAAGCUGUGUGUGCUGGAAUCACAGGACCAGCUGAGAGCCCAAAGAGGAUGCUCCAGGCCCAACCUUUCAGAAUUAGAUCCGUAAUAAAACCAGCUGUGCCUCCCUCCA